GAGAGCCUUCGAGAGGUGGCAUGACCUGUACAAGGUCACACAGCAGACUCCAGAGACUUAGUCCUACUGUGCUUCCUGCUGUAUAACAUGGGGCCUAGAGCUGGGCCUCUCUGGUCUGGUCUUUCUUCCUUUGCUUGCUUGCUUUCUUUCUUUCUUUCUUUCUUUCUUUCUUUCUUUCUUUCUUUCUUUCUUCUUUCUUUCUUUCUCUUCUGUUUUUUUUAAUGUUUAUUUGUUUUUGAGAGACAGAGCACGAGUGGGGGAGGGGCAGAGAGAGAGAGAAUCUGAAGCAGGCUCCAGGCUCUGAGCUGUCAGCACAGAGCCUGACACAGGGCUCGAACCCACAAACCAUGAGAUAAAGACCUGAGCCAAAGUCAGAUGCUUAACCAACUGAGCCACCCAGGCACCCCUGGUCCUCCUUUUCUCCAUCUGGACAAAGAAGCCUGGAUUGGACCUUCUCUACAGGCUGAGGUGGACAUUUGUGUAUCUGCCUGCACGGUCUGCAUUCUGUCUUGAGCAGAAAUGCCCACCCCAGGCUCAGGCCAUAUGGAAAAGCCAUCUUUAAUUCCAGGUGUGGAUGUGGGACACUGGCCUGGCCAAUCAGAGCCACCACCUCCCAAGUCACAGUGAUUGGGUAGAAAUGAGCGUGUGACCUUGUGAGAGGUCUCACUCAAGAAUUUUGCUGGGGAGCCUGGGAAAGUCACUGUCUUCCCACUAGGGUUGUUGAACUAGGCAGGUGGAAGGGGAGACCCAAGAACACUGCAUGGAGUCCUGGAUCCAACUGUACCUGACACCAGUAAACCUUGAUUAUUCAGUUUCAUUGGUCUCUAACUUAACUAUUUGCCAAAAUUGCUUUGAGUCCAUUUCUGCUGACUGCAGAAAAGCCCACACUGACUACUGUGAAUUUCAAGCCUGGAAGAUCAUGGUCCGCAGUUUGUACACCUCCAAGGCCCGCUGGCUGCCAGUGCGGUAUCCAGCACCAGAUAUCAGGAAGAUCAGAAUGGAGUUGUUUGAAGUAUAGUCCGGGCCAAGUUCUCUCCACCAAGCCUGGGACAAUGGGGAGGAAAAAAAUCCAGAUCUCACGCAUUCUGGACCAAAGGAAUCGGCAGGUGACAUUUACCAAGCGGAAGUUUGGGCUGAUGAAGAAGGCCUAUGAGCUGAGCGUGCUCUGCGACUGUGAAAUCGCCCUCAUCAUCUUCAACAGCGCCAAUCGCCUCUUCCAGUAUGCCAGCACAGACAUGGACCGCGUGCUCCUGAAGUACACGGAGUACAGUGAGCCCCACGAGAGCCGCACCAACACCGAUAUCCUCGAGACACUGAAGCGGAGAGGUGUGGGCCUCGAUGGACCAGAGCUGGAGCCAGAUGAGGGGCCUGAGGGGCCAGGAGAGAAGGUGCGGAGGUUGGCAGGUGAUGGGGGUGACCCAGCCUUGCCCCGGCCCCGGCUCUAUCCAGCAGCCCCUACUAUGCCCAGCCCGGACAUGGUAUAUGGGGCCCUGCCCCCACCAGGCUGUGACCCCAGUGGUCUUGGGGAGGCCCUGCCGGCCCAGAGCCGCCCAUCCCCUUUCCGGCCAGCAGCCCCCAAAGCUGGGCCCCCAGGCCUGGCACACCCUCUCUUCUCACCAAGCCACCUUGCCAACAAGACGCCACCACCCCUGUACCUGGCAGCAGAUGGGCGGAGGCCGGACCUGCCUGGUGGCCUGGCGGGGGCCCGAGGGGGACUGAGCACCUCAAGAGGCCUCUAUGGUAGCCUACAGAGUCCAUGCUCUGCCACAGCUCCGGGACCCCCACUGGGGAGUUUCCCCUUUCUCCCCGCAGGCCCCCCAGAAUAUAGCCUGGGAGACCCCCCGCCGCCCCCUGGCCUGCUGCAGCCCCCCACCCUGGCUCCCUGGCAGCACUCGAGGGGUGAUGGGCCCCCAGCCGCUCCUCCCCAGCCCAGUGGGGGUCGAAGCCUGGGUGAAGAGGGUCCCCCCACCCGCGGCGCCUCCCCGCCGACCCCCCCAGUCAGCAUCAAGUCCGAGCGCCUCUCGCCAGCCCCCGGGGGCUCCGGCGACUUUCCCAAGACUUUCCCCUACCCCUUGCUCCUGUCCCGGCCCCUGGCAGAGCCCCUAAGGCCAGGCCCCCCCCUGCGCCGGCUGCCCACUGCGGACGGCUGGGCCCGGUAGUGGACCCAGGGGUGGCACCGGUCCUUCUUCCCACGCGGGGCUGGGCUAGGGCACGUGGGGUCCCUUCCCCGCAUCCUUCUCCGCGUCCUUAGAGAAGACCCAGCAGUUACGACCCUCCAAAGUGAGGGCCUGGCGUUCGGAUCCACGGUCGGAGGUGGGGGCGGGGGGGGGGCUCCUUUCUCCCUUUCCUGUGUGUGUAUCCACCAAUAAAACACUUCUGGUGUCCGUGGACGAAACUAUCUGUCUGUCGCUGCUCAGAGCCACCACCACUCCCGGGUCCUCCCAUCUUUUCCCAAGAGACUUCAGCCUUGCCUUGUCUCUGUUUGGGAGAUGAGAACCCUACCCUGAGACAAGGAUUCGAGGAUGGGUAUCCCGGAGGAAGGCCAUUGAGGGGGAGGGGCGUGGGGGGGAAGAGCCCUGCAGGGGCGCCAGGGAGCAGGUGAUUUCGAGAGCAGCACCGCCCCCUCCCCCUCCCCCUGAGGACCCCGGGGAACCGCUCAGAGCGCGCACCUAAUGUGGUUCCACUCCAGGGGCGAGAGUCUGGGCUAUUUACCCUCACCUCAUUUGGAUGUCGGGCCUUGUGCACAAGGGGAAGCCCCUAGGCUGGGUUACAGCAAGAAGCACUUGGGAAUCCUGAAUGUGCUACCUGCCGGCUGGCAGCGGUCGAUACAUUAUUCAUCUU